AAGUGGCAAAAUCCGGAUUCCGAAACAACGAAAAAGGAUUUUAAAUCCUUUUACAAGCAGCGGAAAGCAAUCAACUAACUCGCAGCCAACUGAAGAUAGCGCCGAAAUCUGCGGCCGCAGCCGAGUGACUCGUAAGGACCCAUCCGAAACCGCUCCGGCAAAAGAAAAGGAUGGUGGAAAUCGAUCCGUUGACGGUUUCUCAAGGCGAACUUUGCUAUACGGCAGAAUAUCGGAUACAAUCGGAAUGCUGGACGGAAGAGUUCGUAAAAUCGGAAGUGGAAAUACGCUCGGAAAUCGCAGAUCCCGCAGUCCGACUUUGUCGUCUCUGUGGAAGUCUGAGGGACGAAUGGGAAACCUGUUUCACCAGCACGGGAGAGCUCGCCAUCGACCCACAAAGACUGAUAAUCCUGCGGCUGCUCUGCUCGGUUAUGAUUACGUUCGAGGCCGACCCCGACGCCGUGAUUUGCGGAUUUUGCUGUCAUAAGCUGGACGAGAUGGUUUCCUUACGGUCUAUCUGGUUAUCGAACUCCAUGGCGAUCGAACAACAGCGGAUAACCGUGGCCGCGAUAGAGAAUGUUCGACCGAUGGUCUGGUUUCCGGAAAAUGCGAUAAAACAAGAGUCGCCAAUGAAAGAUGUAGCAACAGAGGCCCCUCUUCCAUCCCAAAACUGUAGUGUUGCUGUGCAAACAUAUACUCCGGUUAUUGGGCAAGCAGAUAGCCCCGUGAUUGAGAUCAUAAAUCAGUCAGAAGAUUCAGAAACCUGCCAUCCAGCAGCCAAAAGCACGGAAAGAACGGAUAACGCCGUUCAAACUGAUGCUCCUCCUGUUCUUCCUCCAGAAGAACCCAGCAAUUCGCAUAUUGAUGGCCGGGAAAUCACCAAUCUUCCAUCGGAUGAUGGUAUAUCAACGAUCGAUCUUACAUCCAACGAUGAUAUUCCAAUCGUAGAUCUUACCUGUGGCGAGGUGAGCUCUCAAGAUUCACCAGUUGACGAAGAAAAAGAUAUUCUCAUCCGGAAAGCGAUACUGUUAGUACAAAACAAAUUUAAAGUUAAGCGAUUGAAAGAGCCGAAAAGACGUAAAAGUGCGAGACUGCGUAACAUGACGUGUUAGAAAUAGCUUAUGACGAUGAAACGUAAUGAACUCAUUCGUUUGGAAAUGUAGAAUUGAAUAUGUUCGCAGCCUUUAAAAGGAUUAAGUUGUUUUGAAGAAAUUAGAUUCACAUUCGCUGCUGAAAGCUGGGCAGCAUUUUUGAAAUUAAAACCACAUACAUGAGCAGCGCUAUGAGUUACGGAAAAUAAACUAAAUCGAAACGAUGUUACUCGAA